AUGCCACAUGAUAAUCUUGUGUUCAGAUUAAUAACAUAUGUACCCAAUAACCUUGUUAAAAAUUUCUAGCAAUUAAGUUUAUGCAUAAACAAUUGGUUGUGGAUUGAAUAUAAUUAUAAGUGUUUGUCAAAAUUUCACUUCAAGUAAUUCAAUCAGUGGAGUAGGAUUAAGUAUUUAACUAUGUCUCGCUUAUUCUACUUAAUUUGGAGGUUACGAUGGAGCAAAUUGUACUUCAUCCCUAACUAUUACUUGUGGAUCAAUGUCACCAUCUACUUGUAGUAGUACUUACGGAUCGGAUAGUAUUUUUAUAUAUUACUGAUUCAUGUCAUGAAGUAAUAACAUGUAAUUAUAUAAAUAUUUAGCAAAUUUGCAGUUAUUUAUCUGAUUAUUGUUAUUAUGCAAAUAAUUUAUGUUAAUAACUUACUUGCGCUAAUUUUACAACUCUUGCAUCAUGCAAAUUUGUUAUGUCAUUAUUUAAAAUUGGAGAAAUGUAAUUAUGUCAAUGGUCGAAAAAUACUUAUAUCCCUCUUAUAUUAAUUUAGUUACAUCUCCAGAAUUUAAUUCAGUUAAUUGUUCAGCAAAUACAGGAUUCACUUAAAGAUGGAUUCCAACAAUAAAUUAAAAUAGUUCAACAUGAAUAAAUAUUUCUAGUUUUUAUAAAGAAAUUAAACAAUUUUAAUUCAAUAUAAAUAUAUUAGAAAAAUUUAUAGACUAUUCUAAAUAUUUAAUUAAUAUCAUAAAAAUAAAUACCUGGAUAAUGCGCUUGUAAUUAGUUAACUUUCUAGUAUGAUUGUUUAACAAAUCCUUAAUGUUGUUGGUCAACUGCUAUCACAACCCCAAGUUGUUAUAAUAAACCUUGCAAUUAAAUUAUUUAACAAGGAAUUUGCAGUUCAAAUCCAAGAUGCUCUUUUUCAGCAACCUAAAAUACAUGUUAAACAUUUUUAUCAUGUUCAGAUCUAUAUGGUGUUAAUUCUCGAGUAUGUGCUAAUUAUUCAAUUUAUUGUGCAGCAAUAUCAAAAAUAUUUUUACUACUUCAAUAAAAUUAUAUAUGUCCACCAAAACCAAAUCAAUGUUCAGUUACAAUUUCAUAAGGAACUGUAGGAGGAACAACAAUUGUAUCAGAAUGUGAAAACACUUAUGUUAAUUUAAGUAUUACAAAUAUGAUGAUUUUUUUUUAUUACGAUUAUUAAUUAAUAAAAACAAAAAGUUAAAUAAACACAGAAUCAAUAAUAACUAAUAAUAUAACUUAAAUAACUAACAAUAAACUAAAUCACAAUGUGUUCAGAUAUUGCAACUUAAAAACAAUAUCAAAAAUUUUAAUCAUACUUAUUUUUGUAACCACUAAUGAAAACAACAAUAAAAGCUUCUUGUGUAGCUGCAAGCUGCAACAAUCUUUAUUAAUAAACAAUAAUGUACCUAUAUUGAAUUCCUUUAUCAGCAUCCAAUGUUAACUUAUGUUAAUGGUAAACAAUUGGUGUUUGUAUUGAAAGCACAAAUCCCAGAAAUCCCUCUUCAAAAAAUUGCUACUCCAAUAAUUUAAUGAUGUCAAGAUGAAGUUCCACUUAAUCUGGUUCUGGUUUUUGUGCAACAUGCAGCUCAUAUAGUUUAAGUCCGACUUAUAAAUCUCCAUGUUCAUGCAACAAAUUAUCCUAAAUAAGAAUGUUCACUGGCUUCUCCUUAGUGUUCAUACAAUUCAAAUAUUUCUGCUUGUGUUGUCUAAAACUAUUCAUUAAUUAUAUCUUAGUAUUCAUGCUGCAAAUCCUAAUUGUUUCUACAUUGGAAGUUGUCAAAAUUAUGUAAAAAACAUACUAGUACAACUUAUGGAUGAGCAAAUAUCACCACUAACUCAUCUCUUUUUGAUUGCUUAGCAAUUUCAGUCAAUUGUCCAAAAUUUGUUAAUGAUAUUCAAUAUUUAUUAUAAUUAAGAGUGUUGCUGGUUAUUGUGUUUAGUAUGA